CGAUUCCGGCUUGAUUAUUCAAGCACGCUCUAUCUCUCAACCGGCUACUUCUCGAUCGUGAAAGAAGUCCCUCGAUUGCUGAGAUUUACUCUGAUCGUCUAUAAUCUAGCAAACAGGGUGUUGAUGUCAGAGAUACACCGUGAAAGAAACGAAGCUGCUGGUCGAGAUGCAGUUCUUUUUACAUAGUAAUCACAGCUAGCUAACAGUCGAGCACCUGGUGCCUUUCUCAUAGAUCGGACAAUGGCAAGAGGGGGAUCAGCCACGAUAAUUUCGAUUGUGAUCCUGUCUGUUGCGUGUCUUCGUUCUAUCGCCGAUGUCAAGGUCAACGCGGAGGCUGCGUCCUUGAACAAGACCGUGCAUCACGAUGAUUACGCCAUUAAGGAAAACGUGGCAUCUCUCUUUCACAAAUCUGAGAACAAAACUAAUGAAUUCGCGCAUGAUCAUCCUCACGAAAUGUCCGGGAAACCAACCAAGUUUGACUUAGAGUUUCAUACGGACGAUAAAGAGGAUUAUCAGAUUGAACCGUCGAGAAUGGCUAAUGUCACAGCUAAUCCAAUUGAAAUGAAUUCGACGACCGGCCAGCCUCUAUCGAAUUCGACGGAAUGCAGAGAGAAACUCAUAGUCUCCUGCAUUCGAAGAGACUUCACGGAUUUUCUCGAUCGCCUGUCAAGAGUUGACACGUACAACGUAACGGAGUCCGUGCAAAUAAUAAGAAAUCCUGAAGCAAAUGCCACGUGUAAUGAUCGGAGGAAUAACGAUGAUCCGGAUUCGAGUCUUUUGGAUAAGGUUCAUCGCUACGCCAGGACACACGUCAUGAAAAUACAGCUGAACAAGGAUCUGGGCCUUGUUAACAAAGCCAGGACGUUUUUUGGUUCCGUCUUUCAGGGAAAGAGUACCUUUUUAACAGGAUUCGGACUUGGUUUUCUAGCGUUCGGUCUGAAGAAACUAUUGCUACCCCUGAUCUUCGGCGUGCAGAUAAUUAAGAGUGUGUUACUCGCUCUCUUCCUACCAAGUAUUAUCGGCAGUAUUGGUAAUAUUGUUGGAAAAGGUGUUUCCUCCUUUGCGCAAUCGUCGCACAUCCCGCCCGUAGCGCCAGAGGAAAAUUUCGAGUUUAAGGAUAACACUGACCUGUACAACGACGACUAUCUGACACGACAACCUGUAGGAACAUUACCAGCAUCCGCCAUGUACGACGAGAGCAUGAUGCAAACGCAAAAAAACCCGGAUAUUGCGUCUCGCUAUGCAUUCGUUGACACAAAAAUAUCACACGCAAAUGCGCUCUCGGAUCAUUAUUACACGCGACACGUGGCUUCGCAUGGACUUUCUAAAAAACAGGACUUUAAGGUCUUCCACGAGAUCCCGACGAGCUCCCUGCUCCUGACGAACUACGAUCCGUUCUACUCGCCCCUAUUGUCGCGCCUCGACGCCGUCUUCUCCCGUCUCGGUCACAACACGGAAGGCUGCAGGGAAUACGCGGUGUGCGCGAUGUACCGAAGUCCAGCGCGAUAUGCGCCCUAUUCGAACCUGGUCUCUGCCCAGCUGUCCAGGGAGUUGAACGAGCUGAGGAAACCCAGCAGCGACAAUCCCGAUGUUCUGCGCUUCUUCAGGUACAUGAAGGCCGCGAAGGACGGCCAGGAUGGCAUCAAGUGCGAAGAGAUCUACGCCAAUUGCGCGAAUGGUCGCGAAGAUCAGACUGCGAAGCAAAAUCAAGCGAUGUUAGCGACGUAUCAAGACAUCAACAAGCUCGUUCAGGCCAGAAAGAUCUAAGAAAACAUAUUUCCUCUAUUGGUAAUUACUAGCAAUUGCGAAUGCGAUAAGGGAAGAAGAUGCGUCUCGAAUUUAGAGCUUUAGGAAGCUUGUAUAAUUUUGUUUGAAUUUAUUAACGGUUGUUAAAAAAUUUAGCAUCUGCUUUUAAUUCGUUUGCGGAUUUUGUACGUAUGUAAAGUUGAUAGAUAUUCUCUCUAUUAGUGGCGGAUUAUCACACAUAGACAAAGCGCUCAUCUGAAGCCUCAAGACGCAAAGAUACGAUUUUCAUUCUCGAGAAAAUUUAUUAAUUUUUGAUUUUAUUAAUUAUAGACAUUAAGAAUAGUAUUUAACGUUUGAAACUUUCUCAGAGUUUUAGAUUUUGAUAAGAAUCUUAGAUAAGAAGGUUUGAAAUCGAUUUGCGCUUGGGGCUCUUGAGGAAGUCUUAAUCCAACACUAUUAAAGCCUCCAAUUUCUAUAUCUAAGCAAACUCUUAAUAUAUCGUAUACACACAGUUUCUUAAGCAUCGUUUGUGCUAAAUAAGUACCUGCUCGAUUUCUGAUAUAGGCAAUUAAGUGAUGCACGUAAAUUUUUAAAAAUUAAAAACUUUUAAUAAUUAUUUUUAUGAAAACUGAUGAUUAAGAUGUUAUAAAUCGUUAGCAUACAAAUUUGUUAAAAAUUAUUCUGACAUUUAUUUUACCUUCUGUUAUUACUUUCUUACUAUGUUAAUUAAAUUCUGUUUUAAAAUACUCUUAAUAAAAGAUACAACCGUUUAUUUAACAAACAAUAGUAAAAUUAUCGUAAAUACGGUAAAAGAAAGCGCAAUGAAUAAGAGAUAUUUGGAAUACAUAUGUAUUCUUUAAGAAAGCCGGUCAUGCAUAAUCGUAAACAAUUAAUAGUUAACAUUGGUAUUAUUUUCUAAGCAUUUUUAAAAGUGGAAACUGUGUUGAUACAAUGAAAGAGCACUUUUAUGUAACAUUCAGUUUUGGAUUGCGGCAGGAGUACAUUAAUCUACUUCUCACGCAGCAAAGCGACAUAAUGAUUGAAGUGUGAUCUGAUUAUGAUUUUAAUAUGGGAAUAUAGUUAGAGAGAAAUGUAUCUUUUUCAUAAGAAAGUUUCUUCAGAGGAUUGAUAUACAAUUAGGUUACAAUACAUUUUCAGUGAAUGUAUUUUGCAUAAAGCUUUUAAAUCUCUAAAAAUGAACUGUAAUCUAUGUCGUUAAAGAGUUAUACGCACAAAUGAGAAAAUAAUUGCUUGAGAAUUUAAUAACGUAAAUUAUUAAACGUGAAUUAUUAUUCCAAAUGUGUAGAUAUAACGUUUGUAGCAUUAAAAUAAUUGUAUUUAAUUUAACUUAUUUAUUGAAUGCUAUAUCGAGUAGUACACGAGAUCUAAUUUUGCGAUGAACGAUUGUGACUUUGAAUAUUAUUUAUUUAUAUGACAUAAGUAUGAAGAUACUAAUUUAUAUUCAAUUCGAGCGAGAUAUCGCGCAAGCAUAUGUAUUUAUUGUUAGAUUAAUGUUAUUAAAAACUUGCGCGAUAAUACCAUUACUUUUUCAUAAUAUAUUUCUAAAUUAAUGCAUAAAGUAAGUCAAAAAGAUAUUUGACAUCAGUCACCAUAGUAAGACUGUGCAAUGCGUUAUAGUUUUCAAUAUAAUUAUAUUUAUAUAAUUAAGAUC